AUGGGUUUAAUUGAUGACAAUUUUAAUGAGAAUGAAGAAAACAUGUCUAGUAGUGAUAGUGAUGCAUCUAGUAGUGAUAGUGAUGCAUCUGAAAGAGUUAAUUUAGAUGGUUUAAACAUGGAUGGUAUAGAAGUAUAUGAACUGUGUGAUAGUGAUGAUUCUGGGAGGUUAUAUAGUGCACAUGGAUCUGACUUAGAUGGCCAAAAUUGGCCUGAGUUCAACCCAGAGAAUGACAUCAGUAAUCCUAGACUUAAGGCAUGGAAAGAUGGCUAUAAGGCUGGUUGUAGGAGGAUAGUAGGUUUAGAUGGAUGUUUCUUGAAGGGAUACUAUGGUGGCUACUUGCUUGCAGCUGUUGGGAUAGAUGCAAAUAAUGACAUAUAUCCUCUUGCAUAUGCUGCUAUAUCUUUCAUGUCUGACAAACAAAAGGGACUUGUAGAAGCAAUAUGUAUGUUGUUUUCUAAUGCAGAAACAAGACACUGUGUUAGGCACCUACAUGCCAAUUUCAAAAAGGCUGGUUUCGGAACAAAAGAAUUGAAAGAUUUGCUUUGGAAAACUGCCAGAGCAAGCACUACAAGGGAGUUUAAGGAUGUCAUGGAUGAACUGAGGAAAACAAAUCAGCAUGCUUAUGAUUGGUUGAAGGAAAAGAACCCUACUCACUGGUCAAUGUCUCACUUCUUUAAUAAGAUGAUACUGGAAGCAAGAGGGAAACCUAUUCUGACCAUGAUGGAAACAAUAAAGACCAAGAUUAUGUUGCUUAUUGUCAAGAAGAAAGAAGAAGCUGACAAAUGGAAAGGAAUGUUAUGUCCAAAGAUUAAGAAAAAGGUGGAUGUAAAUAUAAAAGACUCAUUAAGGUGUGUUCCAUCACAUGCCGGUGGGGACAAGUAUCAGGUUGAAUGUGGUCCAGGCAGCCAGCAUGUGGUGGACUUAGUUGAGAAUUCCUGCUCCUGCAGGAAUUGGGAUCUCAUUGGCAUCCAUUGCAUGCAUGCAUUAACUGUCAUUCAUUUAAAAGAAGAGUUCCUAGAGACCUAUGUACAAACCUGGUAUACCAAUCAAACCCAGUUUCAAAUUUACUCCAACUUUGUAAGUCCAGUAAGGGGUCCUAAACAAUGGGCCUCUUUGUCAAACAUGUUACCAAUAUUGUUUCCUCCACUAAGAAGGCCACCUGGCAGACCUACUAAUGUAAGAAGGAAAAAGCCUGAUGAACCACAAACAACAGAAAGGUUGAGCAAGAGAGGGGUAGAGAUAAAGUGCAGUAAAUACAAAAGAGUAGGCCACAAUAAGAUGAGUUGCAAAGGGGAAGUUGGCCAAAACAUUCCACAACAGGCUACCCCAAAUCAGCAAGAGGCUACCCCAAAUUAG